UACCAUCAUCAUGUUCAGCUAUCGCCUUCUUCAGCGGUAUAUGCAAUUUUGUCCCGAUUACCCCGUCGACGAUAUCGUAUCCCCACUUCCCUCUCCUCCCCGUUUCCCAAACCCUAAGAUCUCCGAUCCCGUUGGGGCUGCGAUGUGAUCUCUGUUCCCGUGGUUCCCUCCGCGUCUCACUCCCUCUUCUGAUCGUGGGAGGGCGUCGGUUCUGCUUCUUCUUGCUGCUUCCGAGAUGGGCUGCGGGGGCUCCAAACUGGAGGAGGCGGCCGCCGUGGCGCACUGCCGCGAGCGCUCUCAGCUCCUCGCCGACGCUAUCCACUAUCGCUACGCUCUCGCGGACGCCCACGCCGCCUACGCCCGGUCCCUCCGCUCCGUCGGCGACGCUAUCCAGGGGUUCAUCUACCCUGGGCUCCCCUCGGCGUCGCCGGUCCUCCCCCUCCCCGCCCAGCGGAAGGGCGACCCUCUCCCGCCUCCCGCGGCUGCCGCCUCCGUCCCCUCCGCUGCCGUCCGUGGCCACUCCCGUUCUGACUCUGGCUCGCACAUCCAAUUCCACCCCACUGAUUCCGACGAUGAUUCGCUCGUCCACUCCGAUGGUGCGUCCCCGAUUCACCAUCUUCAUGCCGAUGAUGCUCCCGUUGGGCCGACCUACGUCAACCUUAACUACGCUCGGAACCGCCCGGCGGAGUCUUCCGUCUCCUACGAGCAGCCGCCACAGAGUUCCGAGCCAAUACGCCUCGGCUCCGUCGAUGAACAACCUCACGUGGCUUACCCUUACUAUGGCUACCCGUUUCCCCCUCAAAACUCGAACCUUGACCCUUAUCCUUCUUACCCGUAUAUGAGCUACGGCGAUGGCAUGCAGAGAGGAUUCCUUGGUUCCUCUUCACGGCCUCCAAACAUUCGACCACCAGCCGUCGCAGAUGGUGCGAGUUCUACUUCUCGGGAGCCUCCACCGCCGCCUGCGCCUCAGGCUUCGACAUGGGACUUCCUAAAUCCGUUCGACUCGUGGGAUAAUUAUUAUCCUCCAUAUACCCCAAGCCGAAGCUCGAGGGAGUUAAGAGAGGAGGAAGGGAUCCCUGAUCUGGAAGAUGAAGACCAUGAGGUCGUCAAGGAAGCCUAUGGCGACCCAAAGUUUUUAGCUUCUACAUCGCCUGCUGUGAUUGGGGAGGAUACAGUGAAGGCUCUUAAUGGGUCGAAGGAGGGUGUUGUCGGCAGUGUUGGGGAGGAUCCCCAUCGACAAUCGAGGUCAAUUGAGGCAGGGAGAAGCUCCGAGCAUGAGGUUCUUGUGGUGGAGAAGAGCGUGGUGACUCAACCAGCAGAACGACGCGGUGCAGUGGGCUUUCCAGUGUCUCGGAGUUAUCAAGAUGUUUUCGAGGUUGUGCAGGAGAUAAAGACCCAGUUCGAUAGGGCGUCUGAGUCGGCCAAUCAGGUGUCUAAAAUGCUUGAAGUGGGAAAGGUUCUAUAUCACCAUAAGAAUUCUCCUUAUAAAGUUUCUGCCAGGAUGAUAUGUGGGUUGCCUCUUCUAGCGACCUAUGACAAUGAAGAUCUUUUAGUAUUUGAGGAGGAUAAGGCGAUGGGCUGUGGUAAUCUUUCAUCAACUUUGCAGAAGCUAUACAAUUGGGAAAGAAAGCUUCUUGAGGAAGUCAUGGCUGAGGAAAAGAUGAGGACACUAUAUGAACAAAAUCGUGAGCGCCUGAGACACUUGAGCGAGAGGGGUGCAGAGGCUGAAAAAGUUGAGGCGGUGGAAACUUCUAACAGGAAGCUAUCUACAAAGAUAAGAAUAGCCAUUCAGGUUGUGGGCACAAUUUCUAGUAAAAUCAGUCAGCUGAGGGAUGAAGAAUUAUGGCCACAAGUUCGUGAACUUAUUGAUGGAUUUAUGGGAAUGUGGAAAGUUAUGUGGGAAUGCCAUCGUAUUCAGUGUCAAGCCAUAUCUGAGGCUAAAGAUCUAGAUUCUAUUGUUUCUGGAGUGAAGCAUGGUGAUCCUCGUAUGGAUGCAGUAAAGCAGUUAGAGUUCAAGAUGGUGGAUUGGAUUACUAAUUUCUCUGUUUGGGUCACUGUUCAAAGGAGCUACGUCAAAUCCUUGAAUGGCUGGCUUGUGAAAGGUAUGCAUUAUGUGCCUGAAGUUACAGAUGAUGGAGUUGUUCCGUUUUCUCCAGGGAGAUUAGGUGCACCUCCUGUAUUUGUCAUUUGCAAUUACUGGUCUCAAAGUGUGGAUAGGAUAUCCAAAAGGGAUGUUGUGGAUGCCGUGCAUGCUUUUGCUGACAAUGUUUUCAACAUCUGGCAACAGCACAAAGUUGAGCAGCAGCAAAGGUUGUCGGCCAAUAGAGAUAUGGAUAGCAAGCUAAGGUCAAUGGAAAAGGAGGAACACCAAAUGCUCAAGCAGAAAAGGAAAUUAAUGUUAAUUUCCAGUGAGAAUGGAGUAUCAAUAUCUGAACAUGUAGUGCAGCAGGGUUCCACCGUGAAUAGCCUGCAGUUAAGUUUAAAGCAGGUCUUUGAAGCUAUGGAAAAUUUUACUGCUGAUUCCAUGAAAACUUAUGAGGUACUCCACAAACGUUCCGAAGAAGAGAAACAGCGGUUUACCAGAGAGAAUGAAAUUGUUUCAUAGGAUUAUAGAGGAUCUAAAUUGAGCAUCGGACAACACUUGACUUUGUUGAGAUUCAACCAUUCAUUUGAGAAGAGUAGGCCAGUAAUAUAUAAGGAGAUCAUAGUGAAUCUCUGGCGUAUUACACCUGAUGCUUGGGAAAUGGGUGGCUGUUUACCCUCAGCAUCAUCAAGUCUAAGCUACAGGAGCAUCUCUGCAGGUGUCCCCUGUGGAAGGAGUUAGAUGCCAAUCAUAAUUAAAAAACAGUUCUGGGGAACCGGGGAACCUGAAGUGAGCUUCCGAGUGUUCUCUUAAAAGCAUUUCCAGAAAGUCUGGAGUGAACUUGGAACAACAAUUUGCUGUCGUAUAUAAGAUCAAUAUCAAUUGAAUAUAUCCUUCUGUCACUUGUGUGCCUAACAAGAUCUAAGAAGCUUUGCACUAAUGGUCUCCGCUUUGCUGUUGUUGCAGAAGUUAUGACUGGACUGAGUCGUCAAGAGGGUAUAUAGUGAUUGGUUUCAGUGUAAUUGUUGGCAUUUCAUUUUGUCAAUAAUGCACAACAGAAAUGUGGAUAAAAUAGUUCGCUGUCAGUGAAGUCAAUGGUCUCCGUCUUCAUUCCUUUUCCCAGCUGCUUAUUCGUUCUUGUUAUCGGAAACAUUUGUUUCCACCGCUACUGCUGCACUAUGUGAGCUUGGAGAAAGUAUAAUGUACACAAACAUUUGCUGUCACGAAUGCCCCUGCCACUCUGGUUUCCACCUCUGAGCUACAGUCAUUCUCGUUAUGGUUGGCAUCGAGCAGCAGUACGAGGGGAGGAGCUUCAUAAUAUACCGAAAUCUGGAUCAGUAUGUGCAAUUCUUGGUCCAUAAUUUGAUUCGUUCAUUAGUGAUGCUGUAUAAAAAGGCAUUUAUACAUAGUAUGUCAAGAGCAUCUAUUUUCUGCACCAAUUGAGUCGCAUCUGAAACAGGGUUUCGAAGACUGCAGGGAGGAAAAGGAAUCAUGUACAGGUACACACGGCAGCUUGCAGUAUUUGAAUAGUUGCUUACGGAAGAAUGUAGAGUUGCUUAUUUCGGUUGGUGUGGCAAAGGCAGUCUGAUGAAGAUUUGCCAGCUUCACUAGAAGAAAAACAACACAGUUUUAAGCUUCUUGUGACUUGUAAUCUCAUGGAUGUUUGGCUAUUCCUUUUUUGUGCUUCAAGAGCAUUUGUGCAUGUAUCUCUUUGUUGUACAAAUCUUUGUACACACACAUCUAUUAUGUGUAGCCCUACCAUUAUGAAUUCUGAUAGGAGAAAUAUUAGUUCUGUACAUAAACAUCUGUAUUCAUGUCAAAUGCCCAAUCUAAGAAUUAAAAGUUGAUGCAUAAUAGCAUUCCGCCUUUUA